UGUAUUAGAGUUUAAUAGCCGAAAUUGAGAAACCAUUUUGACCACACAGACUGUCCCGCUCCUCCUUUAUCAAAUCUUUUUGUUUUUCUUAGGCCCCAAGUGUUUGAUGGGUCUGUAGAUAUGGCCAUGGAGCUCAUGCCCCAGCUCUCCCCGCUCCCCGUCUCCACCACCAACAAUAUGGAAGCCAACGCAGUCCAAGAAGCCGCCUCCGCCUACGACAGCGUCGACCUGCUCAUCCGAGUGUUCUCCAGUGCCUACCAACCCCCACCCUCUAUUCAAUCCCCCAAUUCUAAUCAUUCCAACUCCACCCUCGAUUUCCCUACCGAUGCCGUCUCCAAGUGUAAGAAGAUCAUUUCUCUCAUGGGCCGGAGCCGGGUCGGCCACGCCCGCUUCCGAAGAGCUCCUCUCCCUCUCCCCCAAGUCCACCAGCAAAUCCCGCCUCAGCGCCACCUCCCCGCCGUCGACCUUGUUUCUUCCACCGGCCGAUGCCACUGUUCGAAGAAGAGAAAAGUGAGGGUGAAGAGAGUUGUGAGGGUGGCGGCGAAAAGCUUGAAAACGGCGGAUAUCCCAGCGGACGAUUAUUCAUGGAGAAAAUAUGGUCAAAAGCCGAUUAAAGGGUCUCCACAUCCGAGGGGGUAUUACAAGUGUAGCAGCAUGAGAGGGUGCCCAGCCCGCAAACACGUAGAACGGGCCGUAGACGAUCCGGCAAUUCUAGUGGUCACCUACGAAGGCGACCACAAUCACACCCUCACCGUACCCGAAGCCUCCAAUCUCAUCCUCGAUUCCUCGUAGAACAACAUCUCAAAGGAGAUCCGACGGUCAGUUCUUCCACAUUAUUUAUCAUAAUAUACAUAUAUAUAUGUUAAUCUCCGUCUCUUUUAUUGGACAAUGUGAAUUUGUUUGCUAUUAUUAAUAUAUAUUUUUUAAAAAAAGGCCCCAAGAUUGUGGAUUUGGUAUUAAUUGGAGUAGGAUGGCUUUAUCUAUCAUUUUUCUUGAUUUGGAUUUUUGUUGUUUUUUUAUGCCAACUUCCAACUAAACCCUUGUAUUUCUUAGCAAAACGGGUGGA